AUGGCGAGAUCCGGACAGGAGCAGGAAGCCGAAAGCACAGCUGCAUUCAAGGUGCUAAAGCGGGCGAUGGAACUGGACUCGGAGUCCCGGUACCAGCAGGCUCUGGUGUGUUACCAGGAGGGGAUUGACCUGCUCAUGCAGGUCCUGAGAGGCACCAAAGAUGUUACAAAGAAAUGUAAUCUCAGAAAACAAAUUUCUAGCUACAUGGAUAGAGCAGAAAUAGUGAAGAAAUACACGGAUCAAGAAAAAGAAGAUGGAAAAUAUCAUCGGCAGAUUAAAAUAGAAGAGAAUGCAACAGGUUUCAGUUACGAGUCACUUUUUCAAGAAUAUCUUAAUGAAACAGUCACAGAAGUUUGGAUACAAGAUCCUUAUAUUAGACAGAUUCAUCAGCUGUAUAACUUUCUUCGAUUUUGUGAGAUGCUUAUUAAGAGACCAUGUAAAGUAAAAACCAUUCAUCUUCUCACCUCUCUGGAUGAAGGUAGUGGGAAAGAGCAGCAAAGUAGUGGCCUGCAAGAAAUAAAAGAGUCACUCAAGAAUCAUGGAGUGCUGUUGGAAUUAGAAUAUUCUUCUUCAGUACAUGACCGAGAAAUUAGGUUUAACAAUGGAUGGAUGAUUAAGAUUGGAAGGGGACUUGAUUAUUUUAAGAAACCACAGAGUCGUUUUUCCCUUGGAUAUUGUGAUUUUGAUUUAAGACCAUGUCAUGAAACAACGGUGGACAUUUUUCAUAACAAGCACACAAAAAAAAUAUGA